ACAGGAGCAGGCGGAACCUUUCUAUCGCGGUUCCCGCUAGCCUGCGCAGUGGGGACCAUUUAGGCCUCUGCGCACCGCUCUCCACGAGUGCAGCAGUUUGCUUGGGCAGCGAAGGCCCGCGUGGAGGUGCCGUUUGCUUCUUCCUUCGUCGUAAAGCAGCAUGGACGUGCUUGCAGAGGAGUUUGGGAACCUGACUCCGGAGCAGCUGGCUGCACCGAUUCCGACGGUAGAGGAAAAAUGGAGGCUGCUUCCAGCAUUUUUAAAGGUGAAGGGCCUGGUGAAGCAGCACAUAGACUCGUUUAACUAUUUCAUCAACGUGGAGAUAAAGAAGAUAAUGAAAGCUAACGAGAAGGUCACGAGUGACGCUGACCCCAUGUGGUACUUGAAAUAUCUUAAUAUUUACGUCGGGCUUCCUGAUGUUGAAGAAAGCUUCAAUGUAACUAGACCAGUGUCGCCUCAUGAGUGCCGUCUGCGGGACAUGACGUACUCUGCCCCCAUCACGGUGGACAUCGAGUACACCCGGGGCAGCCAGCGGAUCAUCCGCAACGCCUUGCCCAUUGGCAGAAUGCCCAUAAUGCUUCGCAGUUCGAACUGUGUUCUUACAGGGAAAACGCCAGCAGAAUUUGCCAAACUGAAUGAAUGUCCGUUGGAUCCAGGUGGCUACUUCAUUGUUAAAGGAGUAGAAAAAGUUAUUCUUAUCCAAGAGCAGCUGUCUAAGAACAGAAUCAUUGUGGAAGCUGACAGAAAAGGGGCAGUUGGUGCUUCAGUUACCAGCUCUACUCAUGAGAAAAAGAGCAGAACCAACAUGGCCGUGAAACAAGGACGAUUCUACUUGAGGCACAACACUUUGUCAGAGGAUAUACCCAUUGUCAUCAUAUUUAAGGCCAUGGGUGUUGAGAGUGACCAGGAAAUUGUGCAGAUGAUUGGAACAGAGGAGCACGUGAUGGCAGCGUUUGGGCCCAGUUUGGAGGAGUGCCAGAAAGCUCAGAUUUUCACACAGAUGCAGGCAUUAAAAUAUAUAGGGAACAAAGUAAGAAGGCAAAGGAUGUGGGGUGGAGACCAAAGAAAACCAAGAUAGAAGAAGCAAGAGAGCUCCUGGCUUCUACCAUCCUGACCCACGUUCCUGUGAGUAACAUCUUUGCUGCUGUGAAUAAUGGUGAUUGUGGGGUCUGUGCUUGUCUAUUGAAGAAUUUUGCAUAGAGUUUACUUAAAGUCCAGUA